AUGGGGAACAAAGAAAAAUCAAAAGAUCGAAAAGAAAAGAGAUUGCAAGAGAUAUCACUUUUGAGGACCAUUCCUUAUUCUGAUCACCAGAGGUGGUGGUCUAAGGAAACAAUUGCUGUGGUUACUGGUGGAAAUAGAGGAAUUGGAUUUGAAAUUUCUAGACAACUUGCUGAUCACGGAGUAACUGUAAUACUAACAUCAAGAGAUGCAAGUGUUGGUGUUGAAUCAAUUAAGGUCUUACAAGAAGGUGGUCUUGAUGUGUCUUGUCAUCAGCUUGAUGUAUUAGAUUCUUCAUCCAUCACCCAAUUCUCUGAAUGGCUCAAGGAAAAUUAUGGUGGCAUCGAUAUCCUGGUAAACAAUGCAGGUGUUAAUUUCAACUUUGGGUCGAAUAAUUCAGUUGAAAAUGCUCAGGUGGUUAUUGAUACAAACUAUUACGGAACCAAACGUAUGAUCGAAGCUAUGAUUCCGUUGAUGAAGGCAACCGACGCUGGUGGCCGUAUAGUAAAUGUGAGCUCGCGUCUAGGCCGACUAAACGGAAAGCGAAAUAGAUUGGAGAAUGAUGAAUUGAGAGAGCAACUUAGUGAUGUGGAGAAUAUUACUGAGGAACUGAUUGAUGGUGUUGUGACGACUUUUCUACAACAAGUUGAAGACGGAACAUGGAAAUCGGGAGGGUGGCCUCGAACAUUUACUGAUUAUUCCGUGUCGAAAAUGGCUGUUAAUGCUUAUACAAGAUUUAUGGCAAGGAAGCUUUCUGAUAGGCCUGAAGGGGAAAAGAUUUUUAUCAACUGUUAUUGUCCUGGUUGGGUGAAAACAGCCCUAACAGGUUAUUGUGGAAGUAUUACAGUUGAGGAUGGUGCUGAUACUGGUGUUUGGCUUUCUCUUAUUCCUGAACAAGCUAUUACAGGAAAGUUUUUUGCUGAGAGAAGAGACAUAAAUUUUUAA